AUGAAUAACAAUAGUAAUAUUUUUAGGCCCCCUUCAUGUCAUAAAGUUUAAACUCCUUAGUUUGCCAAAGAUUAAUAACAACCUAAAAAUGCAAAAGGAAAUAAUAGAUAGGUUUUUAGAAGUAUACAGAAUAUAUCAAUAUUAAUAGUCUAGACAUUUAAAUUAAGUCCUAAUUUCAAGAAUAAUCUAAGUUAAAUGCCUUCUACUUAAGAUAGUAUAUAAUUAAUUAAUUUUAGCUUUGGAAUAACGACUAGCUGAUCAAACUUCAGAAAUAAAAUUACUUUAAAAUUAAAUAGCAGAGUUAAAGAAGUAAAAUGAGUUAUUGGAGUAAAGAUUGAGAAAGGCUAAUUCUGUAAUUCUAAAAUUAAUUUUAGACUGUUUCUGAUUAUUGGAUUAAAGUUAAAGAUACAUAAACAAAACUUCAACAGGUUUCAAAUAAAUUUCGGAGUAGCAGAGACAAGAAAAAAAUGUAUAAGAGAAGAAUAAUAGAUGCUUUGAAUUAUUUUUAUGGUCGAUAUACAGAUGCUUAAUGUAUGCAAAAUUAUGAAAAUAGAAUAGAAUGCUCCAUUUUUAUAAUUAGAAGAACUAAGAUAAAUUUUAUUACAACUAGGAAUGCAUGAAUCUAUAGUAUAAGAAAUGCAAUAUUUAAAUCAAUAAGCUUAAAAUUAAUUGAAUGUAAAUAUUGACAAUAUGACUUAUGAAUAAAUUUUAAAUCUAUAAGAAAGAAUUGGGUAAGAAUAUGUUCACAAUAAUUUAGUAAUCAAAAUGUAGGGUUGACAAAAUAAUAAAUAAAAGAGAUUCCAAAAAGAACCAAAGAAGCAAACGAUAACGUGGAAGAAAUGUAGAUUUAUUAAUUCUAUAUAUGAAUAGUUGCACUAUUUGUUAUGAUCAAAUAUAAACUGGUAAUGUUUAUAGAUAGCUACCAUGCAAUCAUAUAUAUCAUUCGAAGUGUAUAAAAGCAUGGCUUUUAAAUCAUAAAAAAUGUCCAGUCUGUAAUAUAGAAGUGAUUCUUGAUUCUGAGCAGCAUGAGAACCACGAUCACUAAUAAACAUAAUGA